GCAUGAACCACUUGAAUGAUGGUUCUGGGAAAAGCCACAGACUGAGCUCCCAGCCCCCUGCACUAUGCUCCUGCCAUCUGAGUCAACUCUUAUAAAAAAAGUUCCUGGUAAUGUAGUUCAACCAGUUGGCUGAGACCUGAGCUAUCCAAUCAAAACCGCCCAACUAUACCAUCAUUUGCAUCUUUACUGACCAAUCAGAGCAGCUCCACAAUCACCAAACAGAAUGCCUAUUUCCAACCAAUCAGUGCUAUUUGGAUUAGACUAUGCAAAUUUGGAUAUUUCAUUUGCAUGAAAGUAGACCAAUCAAAGAGCAGGGGGAUAAUUUGUGAAAAUUCGCCUCCCGUUUUUCUCAGCAGAGUACACUUUGGGUUUCUACCAGAGGCUGCGUUUCCAGGUAUCCAAACUAUUUACCUGAAUAAAGUUUCUCUUUUUACCACACCCCAUAUUGUGGACUCCUAUUGGCAUUAGACUGGUGGCAGUGAUCUCUUGUUGACAAACCAAAACCAGCUGCAUUCCUAAUUUCAGCCCACCUGAGGCUCUGAUGAGUGGCAGGAAGGUGAAUAUUUCUCAGCCAAUAGGAGUGAGCCACACCCUGUGAGGGGCUCAUAAAAAGCAGGCUCAUCAGGCCAGCCUGCAUAUCUGACUCUGGACUUGUCAGAAGGAGGGUCUUUCCUUUGGGCUUCAUGAUGGAAUCAUCAGGAAUGAAAAACCAAGACCCCCACAGUCCCUCCAUCCAAAGCCCCACUGAACAGCCCCCUCUCCAAAAGAACUCCUUUGAAGAAAGGGGCUCAGAUGUGGAGGAAAAACCAUUCCAGGAUGGCAAGAACUCCUCUUCCCAGUUACGAGAGAACAACAUCCAAAGGCGAGGGUCAGAGCCCAAGACAGACAAGGAAGAGAAUUCUAAGAAAACUGAACUCAAAGGCAGAAAUAGCUGCCUUGCUCGAUCAGAAGCAGAACGCUGCUCCAAUCGGGAGAGCUCUGGCAAGAGAAAAAGCAGUUCCAGGGACAGCCCCUCUGACAGAGCAGGGGCCUCUGUAGCAGAUGAGGGCAGUGUGACUUUGGAAAAGAUGAAACAAAAGGUCCCCGAUGCUGGCCACAGCAGUGACAGUGAGGAAACCUGGGAUACCUGCCCCAGAAAAGCCCAGAGGAGGAGCAUUGGGCGCAGCAAGCGGCCGAGAUCCAGGUCUCCAGGAGUCCAGCCACCUCCACUUCGGAAAAGCCUGGUGACUUCCCUGCGUGCUAUGUCUGAGGCCAUUUAUCAGAAUGUAGUCCGGGUACAGGACCAGCACGUUCCUUCCUCUCUGAACUGGGAGCAGCUGGCCCAGCUCCGGGGGCGUCUGUGUGCCCAGGUGCAGACCUUCUAUGCCAUGGCCACCCAGGCGGCCUAUGUCUUCCCUGCUGAGGGCUGGCUUGUCCCAACCCCCCUGCCGGGUCCCUGGAGUCCAGUUGGGAAUGGAGAAACCCAGAGCUCUUCCUAGGAGGGAAACCUGGGAGGGUCUGCCUCUUCCCUGGACAGGAGAUGGCUGAGGCUCACAGUGGGUGGGAUUAAGUCUCAGCUAAGGGCACAGGACCCCAUUCAGCAGAUGCAGCUCUGGGAGCAACAGCAGAGCCCUGUCCUUCCCAGAGUCAUGCCGAUGACCAUCAGGGCCUUUUUUCGACGUUGUAUGUUAACAAAUGAUAGAGCUUGGGAUUGUCAUCAGAAAGGAACUUGAAAGACAGACUCAGAAUGGUGAACUCUGGGUUUCCUUGAGGACUAAAUUUCCAAAAUGUAAAUUUCAUGUUAGACAUUUCAUGUAAUUUGAAUAUCUUAGGAGAGCCAAGCAUUAUUUGAAAAUGAGAACAAAUAUCUGGUUGUAAUUCUAAUGUGUUUAUCUUAAAGUGUAAAAUGUUAACAUAUUUCUGUCCUCCCCCUUGAAUUCCUCCCUCUUUCACCUCCAGUCCAUGAAGGACUGAUAUCCACAAACCUUUAAUAGCCUUUAAUUCUGUGUGGAGAAAUAUUUCAACAUUUUAGUUUGAUGAAAUCAUGGCAAGAUCACCACAUCACUUUUGUUUUCACUGUAGUUACUACAUAUUAAAUGCUUAUUGAGCAUAUGUAUUUAUCCUUCAGCUAGCUCAUAUGAUAUGCCUAAUUCUAAAUUUUCUUCUAUUUUAUAGAUUUCAAUGUAUCCUAUUUUAUUAGGGGAUAUUAAAUUUUACAUAAGGUAUUGUCAUUUGUUUUACAUAUUGUGUCUUAUUUUAUAUAAUUUUUUUGUUCGUAUUUUACACUGGGAUCAUGUAAUCUUUCAUCAAA